UCACCAUUUCAUCAUGGAAAAUCUAUCAUAUUCAUUUCAUUUACAAGAAACCACCAGAAGUUCUCACUGUCGAGAUCGCCUAACUAUCGUCACCAUUGCCUCCAUCUCCACUUCAAUUUAUUUCUUCCAUUUUAUCACUUUUAUUAAUUAUUAAUAGAGUAGUUUUUGUUGUUUUAUGUUUAUAAAAUAAGAGUAAAAAUAAAAAUGUGUUGUCCUUUUAUCUCUUGGAAUUUAAUGAUUGUUAAUUUGGCACAUUCGUAUUAUUAAAUGCGAAUAUGCUGUAUUACACCAACUGCUCUUCCUCUCGGCGGUUGGUUUUUAAUUCAAUUUGUUUGGUUAUAAGUUCUCCUCAUUUGGGUUGUCUUUGAGCUGGGUUUGGUCUUUGAUUAAUCUUUUUCAGUAUUCAACAGCUUAUGAAUUUCGACAGUCUUUAAUUUUUUAUUUUUCUUCUCAUUCUGUGGUAUAUUAUUUUGUAUGUUAUUAUUCUGACUUGUGAUCAACUGGGUUUGUUGAUUAUGCUCUGAUUUUGAGGUUUUUGUUGAUCUGGGUGAUAUACGAAUUGAAAUUAGUGGAAAUAAUAAAGCGUCCUCAGACGAUGGAUCGCUCAGGUUGUUCAAUUUAAACUAUGAUUGAGUAAUUAAUUAUUGAGAUUGUUUUAAAAGGUGUGGUUGAGAAAUCGGCAAAUAAGAGGAUGUAUAGGAGAAUAGGGAGCUAUAUCUCGCGGGGCGUGUACACGGUGUCUGGGCCUUUUCAUCCAUUUGGUGGAGCUGUGGAUAUAAUAGUGGUGGAACAACCAGAUGGGAGCUUCAAAUCAUCGCCUUGGUAUGUCAAGUUUGGAAAAUUUCAGGGGGUUUUGAAGACAAAAGAGAAGGUUGUUACUAUUAGUGUUAAUGGAGUUGAAGCUGAUUUCCACAUGUAUCUUGAUCAUAAAGGGGAAGCUUACUUUCUCAAGGAGGUAGAUGUUGAAGAAGGAGAAUAUGUACUAUAUCCUUCGUCUUCCAGUGAUGAAACGGAUUGGCAAUCUAAUAGUAAUAGGAGGUCAAUGAAGUCCAAAAGUUGCAAUUAUGAUGCUGAUGAGGUGAAUUCAGCUGACCAGAUUGAUGCUAGUAAUAAGAAGGUUGUGGCUAGGUCUGGUUCUCGCCGGGCAAGGUUGCUCGGGUUUGUUCUUGGACGGAGGUCUAUGAAGGAUAAUGGCUAUAAGGAGGGAGAAGGCGAUGCUAGCAUGUCAAGGCUAAGUUCAUUGGAACGUGCUGAGAUUGCAGCUGAUCUAUUGGAGGUGAAGUGGUCUACCAAUUUGGCCUCUAGUAAGUGCAGGAAAGAUAAUGCUUCCCGGUUUUCUGCUGAUGAUGUUUUGGAUGAUAAAGUGGUUGAACAUAUAGAGGUAAAAGAUGAUGAAAUCCAGGUGGAAUCAUCUGUGAAUGACGAUAGGAAGAACAGGACUGAUGAUUCUGUAUCAGACAGGGAAACUAUUUCUUUAAUAGAGCAAAUGGAUGGAUGUCCUUUCUCUAGCUCUGAGAACCUGGAGACUUCUACUGUGGAAGCUAGCAUAAAAGCAUCAUGUGUUGAAACCAUGGAACAAGUUGUUGAAACUUCCUUAUUUGGUGAAAGUACCGUGGAAGCAGAUUGUGUAAUAGUAUCUGAAAUAUUAAGAGCAGCUGACGAUUUUGGUGUAGGGAAUGCUGACCAGGCCUGCCCAGUUUCACUAAUUGAAUGUGAGCUUGAAGAAUGUCAUCGAAAGCUAACUGAUGAAGAACAGGCUUGUGAUGAAGAGGAUCCUAUUAGUCCAGGUUGUAGAGUUUCUGACGAGAGUGGAUCAGACAGAGUUCAAUCCUUUGUAUACUGUGAAACAUCAGAGAGCUCAAUAAUUGGGUUGGAUAAUUCAAAUAAUCAGGCUCAAGAAACACUGUACCUUACCAGUGGAGGAUGUGGGGAAGUCCAUGUUCCUGUCGAGACUGUACAUGUGACAACUGAGCUACUAUUGAAGGAUACUGAUGUCAAGCAAGCAAAGCAUAUUGAUCUGAAGAAAGAACUGGCAGAGGUUUCUGAUACGGACGUUGCAAACCCGAUAAUAAUGCCAGAAUCUUAUCCUGACAUGGUCUGUGCUGACCCAGCACUCUGUUCAACCAAAGAAGUAGACUCACAGAAUAUUUGCGCCACUCUAAAUGUCAGUUCUGAGGUUCAGGAUGGGUUAAAUAUUACAGAUGAUGUUCAUCAGUCUUUGGGUAUUGGUGAUUCCAAAAGAAAUUAUAGUGACAUUGUCAUGGAUAAAGCAGGAAGUGAUUCACCACUGGCGAGUUUAGAGGAAGAACAAUUCCUUUUCAGUGACCUUGAUGAAUUCAAAUUCAACGAGGUUCAUUGUGUUGAUUCAAGUUCUCCAGCUUGUUUAAAAAAAGAUAAUCAUCUAGCCUAUAGUGGUGAAGGCAUCAAAGCAGUCAAUGGGUUAGUCGAUGCAAACGAUGAGUCUUAUUCUUCUUCAGAUAUGUUUGCUCAAUACAACCCAUCGACUGAUCUUGAAAACUCAAUGGAGAAAUUAAGAGUAAUGUCAAGUCCCAUUAGUGUUCCUGGAAGUCAUAAGGCUGUUGAAGAACUUGGGCGACUGGCAGAGUCAUUGCCAAAUAUGUGGUAUCCUACUAGUGACUUGAGUGCGGAUGCUUAUCAUUUUCCUGUUAGCCAUUCGUUGGACUUAAAUUCUGAACCCUUGAACUGGACAUUGCUCAAGGAAAACGAUUCUAGCUGCAUAAAGUCAGAUGCUGACAAAGAACAACAACUGGCACAAGAACAGCCUAAUAUUGACAAUAGUCAAGAGCUCAAAAGUGCUCUUUCCAGUCCUACAGUUGAGGUAUCUCUUUGCAAACACUUGUUAUGGGAAGGAAUGGGUGCUAAUGCUGCUUCUCAGGCAUUUGAUGCUGAAAAAGUAGAUAUAGAGAAAUUUACUUCUCCAGGUCCUGCUGUUUUGAAGAAUGAUAGGCUUGUUGUCAGAAUUGGUGGCCAUUACUUCCCAUGGGAUGUGGCUGCUCCAUUUGUCUUGGGGAUGGUUGCAUUUGGAAUUAAAGAAAUUAAUGAGCCAAAAGGCAUGAUACCGGUUGACCGAGUUGAGAAAUCUCUUGUAGGGGAUCCUUCAAAAUCCAUUGUUUCCCCUGGUGGAAGCUGGAGGCUUUGGCCUUUUUCUCUUAGAAGAUCAAAAUCCAGGAAGGCUACACAACCAGCCCAAAGUGAUACUAAAAGUUCUGAUGCUGAGGUCGCUUCAGAGAGCAUUGAUGGCUUGAAUGAAGCUAAUAAUGUGUUUAAACCCAAGAUGGCAAAGAAGAUGGUUAGGGCAAUCACUCCAACUUCCGAGCAGCUGGCAUCUCUGAAUCUGAAGGAAGGGAGGAACACUGUUACUUUCACAUUCUCCACUGCAAUGCUAGGGGAGCAAGAGGUUGAUGCCAGAAUUUAUUUGUGGAAAUGGAACACUCGGAUAGUAAUCUCAGAUGUGGAUGGAACAAUUACAAAAUCAGAUGUUCUAGGUCAGUUCAUGCCUAUGGUUGGGAUGGAUUGGUCACAAACAGGCGUUACACAUUUAUUUUCAGCUAUUAAGGAAAACGGGUAUCAACUGCUUUUUCUUAGUGCGCGUGCAAUCUCUCAAGCCUAUCAUACUAGACAAUUUUUAUUCAACCUCAAGCAGGAUGGGAAGGCUUUACCUGAUGGGCCUGUUGUUAUUUCACCUGAUGGGGUUUUUCCAUCUCUAUUUCGAGAAGUUAUAAGACGAGCUCCUCAUGAAUUCAAGAUCUCAUGCUUAGAGGAUAUCAGAGCAUUGUUUCCUUCUGAUUGCAAUCCAUUCUAUGCUGGUUUUGGGAACAGAAACACUGAUGAAAUCAGCUACCUUAAGGUUGGAAUCCCUAAAGGAAAAAUCUUUAUUAUUAACCCCAAGGGUGAGGUUGCUGUAAGCCGACGUGUUGACACAAAAUCAUAUAGUUCACUUCAUGCUCUUGUUCAUGGCAUGUUUCCUUCUACGACCUCGUCUGAGCAGGAGGAUUUUAAUUCAUGGAAUUUCUGGAGACUACCUCCUCCUGAUGUUGAUGUUUGAAGGUGUCAGCUAGUAAAAUGUUGCUUGACUCUGGAAACCGAGAUGUAUGGUCGUCGCCCAUGCUGGUUCUGGAACUUUUCAGGGCUAAUUCUGGCCAAGAUGAUGGCAAGAGUUCCACAGCAUUUGUUGGCUCUGUUGGACUGGUUGAUUUAUUAGUAGGCCGAAGAUCAUUAGUUAGAGUUAGAUCCAUCACAUCUAUGUCCUGCUUCAAAAUCAAUUAAAUUUACAAGGUUUACGCUAUGUUCAUGUUAUCACCUCAGGAGCAGUUUUGCGUGUUGUAAGAAUCUUGGAAGUUGGAAUUCUCAAAGAGAAAGAGUGAUGUUGGAAAAACAUUAAUGUACAGUGCAGUCUUAUCUUUUCAGACAAAUGAAAAUUUCUCACAGUCAAGUGCUUCUCCCCAA